UUAAAGACCUACCUUUAAUCUAUUCACCAUUGGCCCCGCUCUCCAUUAUAGCCUUGUAUUUAUUGUUUGUGCUAAAAUAUGGCCCGAAAUGGAUGGAAAAACGCCAACCAUUCGAAUUGAAAAAUAUAAUGCGUAUCUACAAUGGCAUACAAGUUAUAGCCAACUUGAUUUUAUUUAUUAUCGCCAUUCCAAACUCAUAUGGUCAUAAAAACUUUAGCUUUCGCUGCCAACCACCAGAUCCAACAAAUACCGAACCAUGGAUGAUGCGCUGCCUUUAUGUAACCUAUGGCUAUUAUUUAACAAAGUAUUUGGACCUUUUCGAUACGAUAUUUAUUGUGCUGCGUAAAAAGACUCAACAGGUGACAUUCCUGCAUGUCUAUCAUCAUGCCGGUAUGGUGUUUGGAGUUUAUAUUUAUACAACAUUUUUGCCAGGAAGCCACUCAACAAUGUUGGGUGUCAUAAAUCUGCUCGUACACACGGUGAUGUAUUCGUAUUAUUUCAUUGCCUCGAUACGACCCACGACACAGACACUAUGGUGGAAGCGGCACAUUACACAAUUACAGUUGGCACAAUUCGCCUAUUUGGUAUUCCACUUUUUGCAAGUUCUUGUCAACAAUACCUGCGAUCAUCCGUUUCUAGUGGCGUUGGUUGGAUUUAUUCAGAAUAUCUUUAUGUUUGCACUAUUCUUUGAAUUCUAUUACAGAGCAUACAUGAAAAAGGAUAAGAGCAGGAGGAAGGAGGCUAAAAUAGCAAACGAUAUGGGCGUAAAUGAGAAUAAAUUGAAAGCUAGUUAG